UCUUUUAAGGGACAAAACACAUGAGCCAUCAAAUAAAAGGGCACCUUCGGCGCCCUGGAAGCACUCUAGUAAAAACUUUAUCCAGGACUCCCCCCCCCUUACCAUCCUCCCCUUCUCCCAAUAAUAGUAGAAUUUAAAACCUGUCAACCAUUUUGGGUCUCUACGUGGGAAACACUGCCGGGCACCGGUGGGUUUAAGAAACGACUCUGAGCGCCGCGGCCGCGGCUCCCCUCCCCCUGGGCCGCGGGGGAGGCGGCCGAGGAGGAGGAGGAAGAAAAUGCUUUCUGGGGAGGGGGUAGCGGGAGAGGGCGAGGGACGGAGAGCGUUCGCUUUACCUGAGACCAGCCACUGGCCUCCAUUGUUGGAGAAUUCAAUGGCAUUGACACAGCCGAAGUGGCCCAGGAGAUCCUUCUUGUAGAGGUUCCUGCAGCCCCGCAGGCGUCUCCGCUGGAAGUCGUGGCCAGCCAUGGCAGAGAGGUGUUAGACACUCCGCCGCUUCCUGAUCCCGCUGGCUCCUCCCCGCUCCCCUCAGCAGCUGAUCCCUCAGCUGCAGCCCGCGCCUCCCGGCCCGGCUCUAACGUCGCUGCCGCUGCCGCCGCCGCCGCCGCCGCUGCCGCCGCUUUUUGACUCGCGCCUGUAACGGUGCGCGGGGGAGGAUGGAUGCGCUCCCCGCUGCCAGGCCACUUCCACUGUCUGCGGCGGACGUUUGCCGCCGCCGCCCGGUUGCCCUGCCUGAGGGGCUGCCCUGCCCGCCUGAGGGGCUUUGCCUCGGCACCGCGGCUGGCAACAGGUGUUGCCGCAGGGAGCGGGCGGCGUCCCUGAUGGAGAUGAGCGGGAAACUACCUCUCCAGAGGCACGGCCGCACCGCCGAGGGACGACCUCCGAAGUCCUGCCAGCAGCUCACUUUAGGGAAGGCCAUGAUAAAAUCCUACAAUGCCAUUUUGAGGGGGGAAAAGGGAGAUUAAAAGCCAAAUAAAAUAAAAAUGCCUAAGCAAACAGCAGUGACAGUUACUUUGGCUACCCUGCUGGGUGUUGCACUGGGGGGCCUGGUUUUGUGGAAAGCAGCCCAGCGUCGUAAAGGAAAAGCACACUGUGCUGGUCAGCCAGAGGAAGCAGGUGUAAACGUGCCAGAUGAGACACUGGUAAAUGCAGAGGAUAAGGAGGUGCUUUCCUUCUGCAGUUCUCCCAGCUUUUCCUGGGUAGAAAGGACCCUUGGUGCAGACAUAGUGAUAGUUUCAGCGCAGGAGCAGUGGGAUCGUGUGGAGCCUUUGCUGAAGAAGGAGCUGAAGAAGUGGCCGGUGCUAGGAAUCGACUGUGAGUGGGUAUCUGUGGAAGGCAAACCAAAUCCUGUAUCCCUCCUACAGAUGGCUUCUUCCAGUGGCCUCUGCGUUCUUGUUAGGCUGCCCAGGCUUGUUGCCAAUGGACAGACUAUCCCAAAGAGCCUGUUGGACAUCAUGGCAGAUAGCACUGUGUUGAAGGUUGGGGUAGGGUGCUGGGAAGAUGCUUGCAAAUUGCUUCAUGAUUAUGGUUUUCCAGUCAGAGGGAGCGUGGAUCUCCGGUAUUUAGCCAUGAGACAGCGGAAGGACCUACUUGACAGCUGCCUUAGCCUUAAGUCUUUAGCUGAGAAAGUCCUGAACUGCUCACUUGACAAAUCUCCUCAUGUGCGUUGCAGCAACUGGGAGGCAGAAGAACUGGAACAAGAUCAGGUCCUCUAUGCUGCUAGGGAUGCCCAGGUCUCGGUGGCUCUGUUCCUCCAUUUGCUGGGCUGUGCCAUCCUCCCUGACACGUCUGAUGGUGAAAACUCAGCUGCUGCUUGGGAAAAAGCGCUGGGUAAAUGCCGGGGCCUGGUGGAUAUCCCAUUUAGAGGAAGAAGGAGUGGCAGCACAGGAGAGGAGAAGAGUGGAGAGGGACAGUCCCCUCAGAAAGCAAGAAGUCGGAAGUGCGUGGGGAACGGGCAGCCCUCGGGCAGCCAGCAAGGCAGAGACCCCCGGAGGCAGAAGCGAAAGCCUCUGGGCGUGGGAUAUUCUGCACGCAAAUCUCCGCUGUAUGACAACUGCUUCCUGCACGCACCGGAUGGACAGCCCCUCUGCACUUGUGACCACAAGAAGGCUCAGUGGUAUCUGGACAAGGGGAUUGGAGUAUUCUCUGUUCUUUCAGAGCUGGUUAGCACAGACCCGUUUGUUGUCAAGCUGCGGUUCGAGCCUGCAGGGCGGCCUGAGUCUCAAGUCGAUUAUUAUCUGACAGUCAAAGAGAACCUCUGCGUCGUCUGUGGCAAGCGAGAGUCCUAUAUCCGGAAGAACAUCGUUCCUCAUGAGUACCGAAAGCAUUUCCCCGUCCAGAUGAAGGACCACAACUCCCACGAUGUGCUCCUGCUCUGCACCUCCUGCCAUGCCAUCUCCAAUUACUAUGACAGCCACCUCAAGCAGCAGCUGGCUGAGGAGUUCAAUGCCCCCAUUGGCUCUGAAGAGGGGGUGCGGCUGCUGGAGGACCCUCUGCGCAGGCAGGUGCGCUCAGCCGCCCGCGCCCUGCUGAAUGCUGACAGCCUGCCCAAGCCCCGCAGGGCAGAGCUGCUGCACUGCAUCAAGGACUUCUUCAACGCAGAGGCAGUCACCCCAGAGAUGCUCCAAGAAGCAGCUGGUCUAGAAACCAGGAUCUGUAAUGAGAGCUACAUGCCGCACGGACUGAAGGUGGUGCAGUGCUUUGCUAAGGGAGGUCUGCGCUCGCUGAUGGAGCUGGAGAGGCGCUGGCGGCAGCACUUCCUGGACAGCAUGCAGCCCAGGCACCUCCCCCAGCAGUGGGCUGUGGAUCAUAACCACGGCAAGCUGAUCCGAAAGUACGGGGAGGAUCUGCAGGUCAAGCUGUCGUGAAAAUGACCUCCUGCACUCUAGGCAAUGUCAACUGGCCACGUGGAACUGAAGGUGGAAGGGCUGGGCUUUUGUCUGGCUCUGCAAACAGGCAGCAGCACCACUGCCAGAUCUGGUGUUUUACAGAAUUCAGUCUGCUGACUUGAAUUUUCAGGUGGUUUGGAAUUUGUAGUCCUAGCCUGUCACUGACUAGGUCAGUGUGAGGGUGCUGUGCUAGAGGAACUCACCUUAAAGUGACUGGAGAGUUGCUUUGUAACCCUUAGGAUGUCUGAUAUCUGCAGAUCAUCUCUCUAAACACAGCACAAGAAGUGAACCUUUCCAAGUGUUCUCACCUUCUUAAAGUGACUGUGGAGAGUUGUUUUUCUAACUCCUAGAAUGUGUGAUGUCUUCAGCUCAUCUCUCUUAACACAGCACAAGAAACGGACAGUUCCAGGUGUUCUCUCCUUCUUAAAGUGACCGUGGAGAGUUGUGUUCUAACCCCUAGGGUGUUUGAUGUCUGCAGAUCAUCUCUCUUCACACAGCACAAGAAAUGAACCUUUCCAGGUGUUCUCACCUUCUUAAAGUGACUGUGGAGAGUUGUUUUUCUAACUCCUAGAAUGUGUGAUGUCUUCAGCUCAUCUCUCUUAACACAGCACAAGAAACGGACAGUUCCAGGUGUUCUCUCCUUCUUAAAGUGACCGUGGAGAGUUGUGUUCUAACCCCUAGGGUGUUUGAUGUCUGCAGAUCAUCUCUCUUCACACAGCACAAGAAAUGAACCUUUCCAGGUGUUCUCACCUUCUUAAAGUGACUGUGGAGAGUUGUUUUUCUAACUCCUAGGAUGUCUGAUGUCUUCGGGUCAUCUCUUAACACAGCACAGUGAAUGAACAUUUCCAGGUGUUCUGACAGAUAUGAACAUUUCCAGGUGAUUUGACACCUCGGGAGUCUCCUGAUAGAAAUCUCUUUGCUUUCAAUGCAGCUGUACUCCUAUGGGCUGUUCUCAGAGAAUACUCCCUACCAGAGAGAGAUUCCAUGUUUGGAAGUGACAAAUAUCUCAGCCAGAGACUCUUGCUGGCAGUUGCCUGAUGAGAAGCAAAACUCUUGGUCUCUGGCAGUAUGGAAGCACCCACGUCAAGUCUUUUCUUAAACAGCUUCCAAUAACACACAGCCUAUUAAGAAAAUGUCCUCAUUUCGUUUGUUUAUGAUGAGUAGCUCUUGGCAGGUACCCAUUCAUAUCAGACUCACUUCAUAGUGUCAUAGAGCUGUUUUGGUUGGAAAAUGAGGUCAGGUGUUUUAAAAGGCAUGAGAGGAAGCAAAUUUCACUUGAAGACCAGCAUCUUUUAAGAGGUCAGACCACUUAAAACUUCAUAGAUACACAGAUUGCAUUGGCUCAGAAGGCAUCCUCAAAGGGUCUCUUGUCCAACACCCCUGCAGUGGGCAGGGACACCUCCAGCUAGAUGAGGUUGCCCAAGGCCAUGUAGAGUCUGAUCUUGAAUCUUGCCCACAUUUCUGGGUAUCCUGUUCCAGUAUUUUACCACUCUUAUUGUAAAGAACUUCCUCUUUAUGUCCAACCUAAAUAUCCCUGCUCCAUUUAAAAAACAUUCCCCUUCCUAUUCCUGCAAGCCCUUCUAAACAGUCCCUCCCCAGCUUUUCUGUAGUUCCCCUACAGAUACUGAAAUGUAGCUCUUAAGGUCUCCCCAGCGCCUUCUCCUCUCCAGGCUGAACAGACCCAGCUCUUUCAGCCUGUCUUCACAGCAGAGGUUCUGCAGCCCUCUGAGCAUUGUGGCCCUCCUCUGGAUCUGCUCCAGCAGGUCCAUGUCUCUCUUGUGCUGGAGGCCCCAAAGCUGGGCAUAGUACUCCAGGUGAGGUCUCAUUGGAGCAGAGCAGUGGGGCAGGAUCACCUCUCUUGGCUUUCUGGCCAUUCUUUGGGUGCAGCCCAGGAUUUGAUUUGCCUUCUGGGCUGUAAGUGCAGAUUGUUGGCUCAUGUACAGCUUCUCAUCCACCAGUAGCCUCAAGUCCUUUUCUACAGGGCUUCUCAUCAUCCCCCAGCCUAUGUGCAUGCCCAGGAUUGCCCUGACCUAGGUGCAGGACCUUUGCCUUACUGAACUUCAUGAGACUCUCCUCAGCUCGCCUCUCCAGCCUGCCCGGGGCCCUCUGGAUGGCAUCCUGUCCUUCAGUCUUGGCAACUGUACCACUCCACCUGGUAUCAUCUGCAGAUGUGCUGAGAGUGCUUUCAAUCCUGCUGUCUGUAUCUUUGGUGAAGGCACUGAACAGUACAGGUCCCAACACAGACCCUUGAGGGACCACUUGUCACACAUCUCCAUCUGGGACAUCAAGCCACUGACCACUGCCCUUUGGAUGUGAUCAUCUAAUCAAUUUCUUAUCCACUAAACACUCCACCCAUCAAAUCCACAUCUCUCCAUCUUAGACAGAAGGAUGCUGCAGAGGCCUGUGUCAGAGGCUCUACGAAAGUCUGGAUAGAGGACAUCUGUUGGUCUUCCCUUGUCCACUGACACAGCUACACCAUCAUAGAAAGCCACAAGGUUGGUGAGGCAGGACUUGCCCUGGGUGAAGCCCUGAUGGCUGUCUUCGAUCAUCUUCCCAUCCUCCAUAUGUUCAGUACAGCCUCCAGGAGGGUUUGUUCCAUGGUCUGCCCAGGCACAGAGGGGAGGCUGACAGGUUGAUCAUUUCCUGAGUCCUCUUACCUUUCUUUAUACAUAGGUGAAAUGUUUCCCUUCUUCCAGCCCCAGGGACUUCACCUGACUGCCAGGACCUUUCAAAUGCUAUGGAGAGUGGCUUUGCUACUACAUCAGACACUGCAGGACUCUGGGAUGCAUUUCAGUCAGGUCCCAUAGAUUUACAUAUGUUCAGGUUCUUCAGAUGGUCCUGAACUUGAUCUUCCUUUAUGGUGAGAGGAGCUUUUUUUUUUCUGUUGGGAGUGGGACAGAGCAAACCUGGUGCUCUGUUCUUAGGUCUGCUAUGUGUGGUGGGGAACAGGUCAUACUCCCUGCACACCCAUUUCCCUGCCUCUGAAAUGGGACUAAUGCUUAACUGUCUCACAAAGGUGUGAAGCUUAAUAAAAUCGUUGUUUUGUUUUGUAAA